AUGGAAGUGAGGUUGAAAAAGAUAAAAAUAAAAAUAGAAUUGUUGAAAAAAAUAAAAAAAAUAGUGUUAGAUAAAAGGGAUGAAAAAAAAGAAAUCAAAGCUGAAGAAAGUGAAGUUGAAAAAAAUAAAAAAAGUGUAAGAGUUAAAGUAGAUGAAAAAGGUGAAAAUAAAGAAAGUGAAAUAGAAGGGAUAAGUAUAAGAAAAAAGAAAGCUGGGUGUUUUCUGGAAAAGAACAAUCUCAAAAAAGCCUAUGAAGUGUGGGUGAAAAAAGUUGAAGAAUUUUGA